AUGGCAUACCUCACCAACGGCGCCCGAGCUAUGACAAAACGUGUCCUAGAAGUUGAGCGCAAGUUCGCUGCGACACCAACAUCUAUUCAAACUCUCCGCAACGCCUCCUCUCCUAUCUUCAAGCAUCUUGCUCCACUCGGUCGUAAGACGUUCCGCGACACGUACUUUGACCGGGAAAAUGCACUCUUCGGAAAGGGUGUAUACAUCCGGCGCCGUAACGGACUAUGGGAGGCUAAGAUCCGCGCGGGCGGCGACUUCAUCAAUUCGGCGUUCGAGGAGGUGGCUGGAGAAGAGGCCGUGAAGGAAGUCAUCAAGGAGAAGUUGCACGUGGCAAUUGAAGGUGUUUCUAUUGAAGACUGUCUAGAAGUCGCUGCAGAUUUCGUGACGGAGAGGGAGAGUUGGAUGGUCCAUGAGCGCUUCAGGGUGGACGUGGAUGAGACGGAUUUCGGAUGCAUGGUCGGAGAGGUGGAGUUGAAGGAGGACAUUGAAGACCAUGGACAGGAUGAGGAAAAAAGGAUGAGAAUGGACGAGGAGAGGAGGAAGAGGAUGGAUGAAGACAUCAAAGCGUUCAUGAAAGCAUAUCCGGACACCUUUCCGGAGGGCAAUGCAGUUGGAAAGCUCACUGCGUACUUCGAUUGGAAAAAGCGAGAAGUGAAACUGAGAUGA